AAACGCAUCUUGAAGAACCCAGACCUAAAAAACGACAUUGGUGUUGACGAAAUGACCAUUUUUGCGUACAAAGGGGAAACGGUAAAGCAAGCUCUGAGAAGAGAUGCUCGAUUUCAGCAUAUUGUUUUCAAACAGAAGUGCGUGCUCUCUACUGAUGACUUCGUCGUGAACAUGUCCAAUCUGGUGGAUGACUUUGAAAAUCUUUUGAAUGGGGAGAUAACUGAUCCCUUUCGGGUGGGGAAAAAUACCCUUCCUAUGACGGAAGUCUUGCGUGUCGAGUAUGGAAAAAAUGCUCAGACGUGCACAGACGUGAAAACGAUGAAGGAGCUGAUGGGUUUCAGUAAUUCGGUUUGUCAGGUUAGAUUACACGAUGGGUCAACGGGGAGUGGCUUUCUCCUAUUUGACAGGUUUGUCCUCACAAAUGCCCAUGUGGUCAACGCCGUUUAUAAUGAGAGUGACAAAAAGCUUAAUAAAAAGGUCAUUGUCCAUUUCUCUUAUGAGAGUCAAUAUCAGAGGGAGAGAGAACAGGAUUCGGUUGCAGAUGUAGAAGUAGAGGAGGUCGCUGGCUUUGAAUUCACUGAGGACGUGUAUGACUGGGCUUUGUUAAAGCUCAGGGCUGGUGUGAAGUUGCCUAAUGGUCUGUUAAAUAAAUGUGGAGACCUUAACCAAAGCCAUGGUGUUCGCAUCAUCGGGCACCCUGAUGGUGGAGUAAAAAAAAUAGAAACAUGCUUGAGUAUUGCACCUGAAAGACGAAAAAAGGUUGUGGAGAAGAGCCGCAUCAAACAUAAAGGAAACACUGAAUUGAUCCAGGAUGAGGCGAAGAAUAGCGUCAAAAAUAAAGACAACACUAGUAUAUUGAUUACUGACCGUUACUUUAAAAAUGUGGCAAAACAAGUUCAGCGUCGCAAAAAUGUUGUAACUUACAAAACUUGUUUUUAUGAAGGGGCGUCUGGUUCUCCUGUCUUUGAUCAGGACUGCAACGUUUUGGCAAUGCAUUCAGGAGGGUAUAAGUUCAGAGACACAAAAACAGAUACAAUAAGGAGCGCGAUCGAGUUCGGCUAUUCUUUGUCUGACAUCAUUGAACGCAUCAAUAUCCAGUUGGUGGAAAGAAAAGUGGCUGACGAGACUUUUAAGGAGUUCUUUGAAUUCUGUCAAAAAGAGGAACCUGUUCCAAUGGAAACUUGUUAAAUGUACACAGACAAGUACAGAGCGAACUGCUGACAAAAGACAGUCAGUGAACAGAGAGCGAAUCUGUUUUCAUAGGUCAGGACUCUCGUAAGGAAAGGCAGGGAGUUGUAGAGGGAUCAAACUGAUGCUGGUUUAUAAUUAUACAGUAACAAUAAUCACUUUUUGGAUAAAGGGAGCGGUGAUUUUUAACCUGAUUGCAAAUACUU